AUGAUCCAAUCCACUACCCUAACCGAGGCUGAGCAGGCCAGCCUUCAAGAACUCCUUGAAAAGCUCCCCGAAAUCAUCACUAACGCAGAUAACUACGACGAAUUGUAUGGCUACCAGCUUUCUGGCGAACGCCUCCAGGAAGAUAUCCGUGAUGAAAUUGUUCUCAAGUUCCUCAAAGCUAACGCUUACGACGUGCCUGCUGCCGAAGCUCAGUUAAUUGUCACCCUUAAGUGGCGCCGGGAAUUCAAUCCUUUAUCCGCCGCCUACUCAGAGAAGCACGAAGACUUAUACGAUGCCAUUGGGCUUGUCACCAAGUGCCCUAACAGCAACAAGUUCCCAAACACUCACGUUGUGGUGUGGAACUUGUACGGCGCUGUUUCCUCGCCAAAGCUCUUGUUCCAA